AUGCGAACGUACAAAAGAAAGACUGAUCGAGGAAAUACACCCAAAGAUGUCUUCGAUAGAGCAUGUCAACAAGUAAUUUAUGAUAAAAAAAGUAUUAAUUCUACAGCAAAAGAAUUUUCUAUACCAUAUAAAACACUCCAACGCCACGUGGUAAAGAUGAAGAAAAUUUUAGAAAGUAAUCCGGAAUUAACGAGAUCUCAAUUGACUUUGGAGAGCACUGGCUACACUAAAAAUAGACAAGUAUUUAGUGACGAAGAAGAACUCUCAUUAGAAAAUUAUCUCAAGAGGGCAGCUGAUAUUUAUUACGGAUUUACUCCUUAUGAAACACGAAAAUUUGCAUAUGAGUUUGCGAAAAAAAAUAAGAAAUCUAUCCCUGACUCGUGGAACAAAAAACUGAUUGCUGGUGAAGAUUGGUUGGGAAGUUUUAUGAAACGUCAUCCUUCGCUCUCUAUACGAUGUCCUCAAGCUACGAGUUUAUCCCGAGCCACUUCAUUUAACAAAAACAACGUAAAUUUGUUCUUCGACAACUUGAAAAUUGUUUACCAACGUUUGAAUCUAAGUCCUGGCGAUAUUUGGAACGUAGAUGAAACAGGGCUUACAACAGUACAUGUUCCUAAUAGAGUGAUAGCUUGUCGAGGAAUCAAAAACUUGGGAAAAAUGACUUCUGCUGAACGAGGUACGCUGGUGACAGUCGCGGUUGCAAUCUCAGCUCUUGGUAAUAUGGUUCCUCCGUUCUUCGUAUUCCCACGUGUGCACUACAAAGAACAUUUUAUUAGGGGUGGCACGGUUGGUUCAGAUGGCGAUGCUAAUCCUUCUGGAUGGAUGAAAGAAGAUAAUUUUAAAAAAUUCUCUAAACAUUUCGUAAAAUAUGUAAAACCCAGUAAAGAAAAGCCUGUUUUAUUACUUCUAGACAACCACGACUCGCAUUUGUCUAUUGAAGUACUUGACUAUUUUAAAGAAAAUGGAGUAACGGUUUUAUCAUUUCCUCCCCACUGUAGCCAUAAGCUGCAGCCUUUAGAUAGAACUAUUUAUGGGCCACUUAAGAGAUAUUUCAACAAAGCAUGCGACAACUGGUUAGCAAGUCACCCAGGUAAGACUAUUACGAUCUAUGACAUACCUGAGUUGGUGAAAACAUCAUUACCAUUGGCAGCUACAAUUGAUAAUAUACAAUCUGGAUUCCGAGUCACUGGGAUAUCACCACUCAAUGAAAAUGUAUUUCCUGACUCGGAGUUUAGCGGAUCUUAUGUAACUGACAGACCAACACCAGACUUUCCUAUUAGUGCACUACCAACAGCAUCAGUUACUAACAGUGCUGCUCUAUUAACUUCUCAAGCAAGACCUUCACAUGACCCAGGUAACGACACUGAUGCUGCUUUUUUAAUAAGUGAUGAAUUUGACAUGCCAAUAUCGACAUUACAUACUUCUUGCGAGAUGCCUUGUAUUUUAGACGCAAUUUCAGGAACGAAUGAAGAUAAAGGAUUUAAAACUCCUGAAAAAAGUCCGGUGACCCAAGCAAGAAGUUUGAAUAUGCCCAGUACUUCGUUUAAUUUACCUGAAGAGAUAAGACCAUUUCCAAAAGCUGGACCACGUUUGGAAAAUAAAAAAAAUAUUCGAAAAAGAAAAAGCACUAUUUAUACAGACACACCAGAAAAAGAAAAUCUAAUGGAACUCAAAAUAAAACAGCAAUCUCGUAAGACGCUGACAAAGAAAUCAAAAAAACCAAAGAUAAUGGAAGAAAAAUUUAAAGGGGCUAGUAAGGGUAAGGGAAAAGGAAAAAAAGCUUUUCAUGAGACGAAUAAGAGGAAUAAUGACGAAGACAAAAGUGAUGAGGAUGAUACAUUUUGUUUAGAGUGCACUGAAUCUUAUAGUUUGAGUAUUCCUGGAGAGGAAUGGAUUCAAUGUACUACGUGCAAGUUAUGGGCCCAUGCAAAAUGUACAAAUGGCAAUAUUUUGUUCUAUGAAUGCAAAAAUUGCACCUCUGAUUUUGAAGACUGA